AUGGCGCAAGCGCCAGAUGAACUAGGCCGUUUGGACUACAAUCACGAGCUAGUCCUGAAAUUCCUUCGGUACAGCCUCUUUCUAGCCCCGAUUGACGAGAAGAGAUUGCAUCGAGUACUAGACAUUGGUACUGGCACAGGUAUCUGGGCGAUUGAGAUGGGUGAUGCCUUCCCGAACGCCUUGAGUCAGCAGAUCAUCGGGAACGACUUGAGUCCCGUGCAACCAAGACUUGUUCCAUCCAAUGUCAGGUUUGAGAUUGAUGAUGUUGAAAGUGAUUGGCUUUAUGGGGACCAAUUCGACUUAAUCUUCAGCCGCUACAUGGCUGGAUCUCUCUCCGACUGGCCAACACUAGUGAGUAGAGCAUAUGAAAAUCUCCGGCCAGGCGGAUGGGUUGAGUUUCAGGACUAUGACUUUGAAUUCUCGUCCCUCAACCAUAGCCUAAAGCCCCAUCAUAAAACAUACCAGUGGGAUCAUGAGUUUCUGAAAGCAGCCAAGCUCUGUGGUAUCGAGCCAUGCCCUGGAUCCAAGCUGGAGCACUGGGUGAAAGAUGCAGGAUUCAUCAAUAUCGGGCAUAAGGCAAUCAGGGUGCCUCUCGGGCCGUGGGCUAAAGACGAGUACCACCAAGACAUCGGCCUAGGCAACUUGAUACAGCUUCUAGACGGGCUCGAAGCGUUCACAUUGAGGCUGUUUUGCGGAGUUCUUGGCAAAACAGAAGAAGAGGUAUCGACACAGCUGUCCGAAGUUCGACAAGAGCUGAGAUCGCAAGUCUUUCACGCCUAUGGCGAAUUGUGA